AUGGUGAAUAUUACAAAUCCGUUAUAUCUAUUAUCGCCAGAUAAUCCGGUGUUUGGCUGCUAUUGCUUUUGGGCUGGUCUAUUGGUAUUAAAAAUGCUAUUGAUGACUCUAUUGACGGCUGCACGACGUUUCAGCAAAGAGUCCUUUGUCAAUCCUGAAGAUUUGGCUCUAAGCAAAGCAACUGAAGUUUCAUUUCAGGAUCCAGAUGUAGAACGUGUUCGAAGAGCCCAUCGCAAUGAUUUGGAAAAUAUUCUACCCUAUUUGUUGAUUGCCUUGGCCUACAUAACCACCGGACCGAAUGUCAUAGUGGCACGUUUACUAUUUUGCAUAGUUGCCAUAUCGCGUAUUUUCCAUACAGCGAUUUAUGCCUUUCGACCUGUGCCCCAGCCAUCGCGGGCAAUUGCUUUCUUUGUCCCCUUCACGAUUACCCUGUACAUGACGUUUUGCGUGAUUGUAACGAUGGCCAAGUACGUCUAG